CCUCUCAAAGUGUGAAUGGGAGUUCAAGUUGUUGUAAUUGGAAUGGGGCACCUUCCCAGAGCCUCACAGUAAACCAGCCGUACUGCGCCUUUAACUUCUGAGCCGAUUUCCAGAAAGCAACAACCUGUAACAGGCUCAACGAUCCUCCCCCUGAUGGAUUAUUUAGCAGGCACAGAGUCCCAUGUCGCCAUCUGCAAUAGGAAUAUUCUCUGAAGCACAUUAUACGCGUUAUUUUCUCUUAAACGCGUAAGAUAAACUGAGCAGAUAAAGGAAACUAGUGCAGUGACAGAAGGUUGGGUUUGUGCAACAGGUGAAGCGCAUCCUGGAGCGGACGGGUGCGCCACAGCGUCGCGCACAUACAGAUCAGGUUAGUCCGUGUCUGGGGUGAACAGGCUGUUUCAGGACACCUCAACAUGUAAUAGCCAUCUGUUAAAAUGUAUAGCACGUAAACAGGAACAGAGUUUGAUUUUGGUUGUAUUUCUUUCGGGAAAUGCGGUGCGUAAAUUGACUUUUCAUUAUUACGCAAACCGUGCGUCUGGAUGAACUGAGGCUUUAAACCUACAAUGCUGAGCGCAUCCACACGGUGAAAAGGACCGCGUUCAGGGCAAGUAACCGAGGGAAGGAGUCGUCCAGUCCGCUGUGGUCAUGGUGGCGGAGGGGGACCGGGCGCUGCUCGCCGCAAGGCAAGGAGACCUGCAGACUCUCAAAGUGCAAUUAGCGGCAAAAGCGCUGAACGCAGAAGUGAAGGAUGUACUGGGGGCGUCCCCGGUGCACCACGCAGCCCGGUCCGGGAAACUGAGCUGCCUGCGCUUUCUGGUGGAGGAGGCAGGGCUGCCGGGAAACUGCCUGGCGAACAACGGGGCGAGCCCGGCGCAUGACGCAGCUGCCACCGGUAACCUGGCCUGCUUACAGUGGCUGCUGACCCAGGGUGGAUGUCGGCCAGAGGACAGGGAUAGUUCUGGCGCCACUGUUCUCCACCUCGCAUCUCGCUUCAGCCACCAUGAGGUCACUGAUUGGCUGCUGAAGAGUGGUGAGGGUGACCCCGGGGCCACCACCGACACUGGGGCCCUACCUGUUCACUAUGCUGCUGCCAAGGGAGACCUGCCCUCACUCCGACUGUUACUGGGGCACACUCCAAAUGUUGUCAAUUUACAAACUAAGAAUGGUGCCACACCGCUCUACCUGGCCUGCCAGGAGGGUCAUCUGGAGGUCGUCCAAUACCUGGUGAAGGAUUGUGGGGCAGAUUGGAGCAUCAGGGCCAACGAUGGGAUGACACCUCUACAUGCUGCUGCCCAGAUGGGCCACAACACCGUCAUCGUCUGGCUGAUGAGUUUUACAGACAUCAGUUUAGCAGACCGCGAUGGUGACGGAGCCACGGCCAUGCAUUUUGCAGCGAGUCGAGGCCAUGCAAAAGUACUCAGCUGGUUGUUACUGCACGGUGGUGAGAUUGUCACCGAUAACUGGGAAGGGACUCCGCUUCACGACGCCGCAGAGAAUGGUGAACUGGAGUGUUGUCAGAUCCUUGUGGUCAACGGAGUGGACCUGGGCAUCAGGGACCAGGACGGCUUCACAGCAGCAGACCUGGCCGAAUAUAAUGGCCACUCCCAGUGUGCCAAAUACCUACGCACUGUGGAGAACAUGAGUGUGGAGCACCGUGUUUUGUCCCGCGACCCUUCGACGGACCUCGAGUACAAGCAGCCAGACUCAGGGCUCUCGUCCCCGAACACCACCAUGCCCCCCGCAAACCAGACGGCACAUUUCGACGUAUGUUCGCCGUCCAGCUCCCUGUCCAACUACGACUCAGCCAACUCCAGCCAGUCCAGCACCGGAGAGAAGAGGAGCAGCCUAACCAUGUCACGAGGACCCCCUGCUCAGCUCAACACAGUCGCGCACACAGGUGCGUCAGAGUCAGCCAUCACAGACAUGCAGGCCUACAUGGACAUGCUGAACCCAGACAUCGGCAACGAGACGCCCAAAAAAUCUGAGAUCCCUGCUGAGGACGCCGCAAAGCCACCACCACCACCACCCACCUAUCCACCCCCUCCGCCCCCACAGGCUCCCCCCAUGCCCCCUCCGCCGCCCAGCUUCCCAGCACCACCGCCUCCUCAGGAGCCACAACCGGCUGAGUUCCUGAAGGUGAAGAGCAACCUGAGACAUGUGGACAGUAACCCCCCUGCCAAGAAGGAGCAGCUGAGUACUGGAGAAGGUCACGAUAAACUACGGCGGGUGGACUCAAACAGGAAGUCGAGGAGUUUCAGCAAACAGCCCAGCACUGGGGACUAUUACAAGACCCUGGGCGACACAGCCGAGCCCACUGGGAGCAAAGAAAUGGCACCUAAUGAGGAGGGCUCAGUGUUAUUGGACGAGCAUGCCGAUAACCCCGCCCCCAGCUCUGAGAAUGGCCCCACUGAGGAAACGAUCCCGCCCCCACCUCCACCACCUCCGCCGCCUCUUCCUUCAAGCAACCCAACGCCAACACCCCCUCCGCCUCCUCCGUUGCCCCCGGAGACACCAACCCAGAAUCACUCAGCCAGUAACACCUCCACCAACCAGCGACGCCCAUCUUCCUCAUCAGGAAGUGGUGGUCUUUCUGCUUCUCAGGCAGAGGGAGGGGCACUAAGACAGAUGAAGUGCACAAAAUCUUUCAACAUGAUGUCCCCCACUGGCGACAACUCGGAGCUGCUGGCAGAGAUCAAAGCUGGGAAGAGCCUGAAGCCCACGCCUCACAGUAAAGGCUACACCACUGUGUAUUCCAACAGCGGACCCACAGGCAAUAAUGGAAACACCUCGUCUCCACCAGAGACCCGCACUCCUACUCCACCAGCCAAGGCUCCAUCCCCCCCACCAUCCAACCCCACUUUCACCUCCCCACCGGCCACCCCGAGUCCGAGUCCCAGCCCGACAAGCUCUGCGCCACCCAAGACUAUUUCAAACUCUGCAAGCUAUGAGCAUCUGCCCUCCAACUCUGUGGUCAAUGGGAACGGCAGGGCCAACACAACGACACCAACACCAGCAGCAGCAGCAGACUCAGGCCGGAAGACGAGCCUCGAUGUGGAGGCGUUAGUGCCCACCCACGACGAACAGGGAAAAGCGAUCCCUGAGUGGAAGAGGCAGGUGAUGGUGCGAAAGCUUCAGGUCAAAAUGCAAGAAGAGGAGGACCAUAAGCGCAAGGCUGAAGAGGAGGCAGCACGACUGGCAUCAAUGCCGGCCUGGAGGAGAGACAUGAUGAAGAAGAAGAUGGACGAAGAGAGAUGUGACAGGGAACAAAAAAGAAAAGCAGAGGAACAGGCCAAACAGGCCAAAGAGAUGGAGGAGAAGACAGAGUUGGAGCGACUACGGACCCUGGGCUACGAUGAGACCAAACUGGCCCCGUGGCAGCGGCAGAUCAUUCUGAAGAAAGGGGACAUAGCCAAACAGUGAACUGGGUCUUUCCCCUUUCCUCUGCUCCACACCCCUCCCUAGGCCUUCACUAAACACCUUCCCCUCCUCCUCCAUGACCCCCCACCUGCACUGGACAGUAGGGAGGAGCUCCCCUCCCGUAAACGCUGUCUCACUCCUUGAAGCAGAGGACUGCUGUCCACACAGGAUGAAAAACACCACCACCUCCCUUUGAAAGUCUCAUGGACACAAACUGUCAUUUAGCGUUAACAAGUCCUGUAACAUGCACUGAUUGUAUCUCCAUAAGCGAUUUCUGCAUGUCUCCUGAACUAGAUGAUUCUCUUUUAGUAUCAGAUCUUUUUCUUUAGGGUGUUUUCAGACAUAUAGUUCUUUUUGCUCUGGUCCAAAACAGUUGACAGGUUUGCAAACUUUUCCGCCUUAGUUCACAAUGAAUCACUGGACAACCAAGUGAGAAUGUUUCUCUGCUUAUUGGUCAGAUGUGGGGCAAGAAAGUAAACACAAGAAGAAAGUCUGAUGUUCUACACAUGGCUGUGUAUUAAAUCACAUGCUUUUUCUUUUUACCUUGUGCUGCAGCUGGCCUUAAGUGUGUACUGCUGCAUGCAGUAUGCAUACAAGUGGGACAUAUUUCAUCAUAAUACUAAGCCUUGAACUUUGACCCUUUCUAUCAUACAUCCGUAGCCUGUAGUGAAAAACGUGUAGUAAAAAGAAGAAGCAUGGGGCAGAUUGUAGUACAGCCUUCCAGCUUCAGCAGCUUAGAUAGUGUGAUGUAUGUAGAGGAUUGUGGGUAGGAAAAGAAGAAAAGGCUGCAUAUUUUUGGCAUACUGCAUUUGACAUACUAUGUAUUUGGACAUAUAUAUAUAAAUUCCAGCAUUCUGCAUAGUUUUUAGUAUGUGAAUGGAAACAUAAUGUAACAUUGUUCCCAUUUCUAUGUGAAAAUCACUUUUUUAACUUCAAAGUACACCAUGUAGUUGGGUGAGAUCAAAACUUGAUCUUGUUCUUAUCACAAGCCACUCCUGAGAUCAUAUGGGAUCACACAAGACCUCUUCCUCUAAAAGAGUAAAGGGUAAAAUAUGUGUUCAUGCAAACGAACCAACCACAGUCUGACAGAACAGGAUAGUGUGAAAACACCCUAAGACUGUAUUUUCAAGUCAAUAAAAGCUAUUUCACUGUAGAUUCACUGUAGCAAACAGGUCUGUGAUAGAUGAACAUGGGCACUUGUGAGCAUGUUUGCCAUUGCCUGUCUUUCAUUUAUGUGUUACCUUUAUUAGCCACACUUACUAUUAUGUAAUAAUUUGUAAAGUAGCUCCACAGCAGUUCUCAAAAAAAAAAAAAAAUUUAAAAAAUUAAAAAUAGUGGAAAUACUCAACAACUUAUUACACCCUGGAGCAGCUAAUGCACUGUAUGUUCUGUAGACAGUAUCUCAUCUUUACAGUUAUAAAUGUAGUCAUAAGACUGUAUGGAGCUCAUAGAAGCACUUUCUUGUCUGUUUCCUUGUACUGCCACAGAUGGAAAUCAUAUAAGUAAUCAAAUCAAUCCUAGAUAGGUAAGCUGUCUUUUCGGAUUUGGAUUUGAAAUAUUAAAAGAUUGCAAAGAUUACAUAGCUGUACAAAUUGAAUUUUAUUCAUUUUCACUGAAGAAAGCGGAAAUAUUUCUAAUUAUUUUUUUCCACAUAUGACCUAAAUGUUAAGCUACUGUAUGGUGAUCAUGAAUGCUAAGUGUUGCAUGCUUAUGUUGCAUAAUGUGUAUCAUGUAUGUUGUGACGUAUGUGCACAUUUUCAUCUGGGCCGUGGAUUUCAGAGAACACACAAAUAGUGAAAACAUUGCUUAGCAUUGCAUUAGGUGUCUGUUUUGUACAAAGCCUUUUUCAGUUGUUGCAUCUGCACAUUGAAUACUGCAGAAGUAGAUAAAAAACAUCAGUUUGUUCUGUGUCCUGUUCCGGCCUUUGUCCCAGUAACCUGCAGGAUAAAUGUUUGAUGAGGAGAUCUGCUUACAGAAUGCAGAGUACCCAUUGUCUGCCAGAGAAAGGUGUAACAUCAAAAAUUUACUGCUCCUUAUAUAAUACCCGCUGUGUUUUAGUAAUCCGCAGCCACACGUAUGUGUUCAGUAACAGAAUCUGACAUAAUCUGAUUAUUUCACUGCUAAAUUUACGAACGCUUUCCGGAAACCUGUUUGUUUUUCCACUUCCAGACUUUUGACUCUUCUUCAGUUUGUGUCUGUACAAGAAAUUUUGACGAAUCUGUGUCGAAUGUAUUAGUUAAAAGUGAGGAUACACAUUUAAAUCCUAGCAGGUUAUUCAUAUCUGCACUGCCAUUUUCUCAAAAGCACAUGCAUAGGUAUUCCCACGUCAUAUAAAAUAUUCUGUAUGUUUACUAUAAUUGCGUUGGACCUACAUUUUUUUAUAAAUGUAGUCUAUCAAAUGUACGCUUCACAUGAUCGUGAAGGACAUGGUCCUGCUUCGAAUCAUUUGGAAAUAUUAAAAUUUACGUUUAUCGGAUGCCAUAUGAUGUUGAAAUUUUAAGUGAUGUUAACGUCAUUGCCAUUUGAUUUUCUAUAUAUAAAUAUAUAACUCUGUACAUAGUGACCCUCUGAGAAUUUUCAUUGUCUCCAUAUUGCAUUAUAUUAUGUCUCAGCCUUGCUUGAAUAGAAUGUUGACUAAUUCAUGUACAAUAUAUUUUCAGACUGUUAAAAAAUGAAGAAAAUAAACCUUUAAUCACCAUA